AUGAGCCUGUCUGUGCGAGACGACGUUCAUCUUAAGAGAUCGAAGAAUGCCCGGAAACCAGGCAGGAAUAGGGAAAGCCUCCGAGCGGAACAAGGAACAAGGCGCAACUAUGUGUCCAGAAAACCCAACCAGGUUCCAAACACCAUUUAUCACAUCCACAAGGAGGUAACGUUCCGCUACCCAGCAGAUCCAGAGUCCCAAGGAACACAAGACCUGUUCAAGAAGGUCCGCCGUAUCCUUAACGAGCUGACGCCUGAGAAGUUCAACCAUCUGAUGAAGCAGGUGACGAACUUGACCAUCGACACGGAGGAGCGGCUCAAAGGAGUCGUGGACCAGGUGUUUGAGAAAGCCAUCAAUGAACCCAGCUUAUCGGUGGCCUACGGGAAGAUGUGCAGCUGCCUCGCCACGCUCAAAGUUCCCAAGACUGGCCAACCAGGUUGCACAGUGAGCUUUAUCAAGCUGCUGUUAGGCCGUUGCAAGAAGGAGUUUGAGAAUGACAAGUCGGAUGAUGUGGUUAUUAGGAUGAAGCAGAAGAAGCUGGACUCUGCUGCAUCGGUAAGCGAUCGUCACCGACUUCUGCUAGAGCUGCAGGAACUCAAGGACAUUAUCCGGCGGCGUUCCAUGGGCAACAUCAAGUUCAUCGGCGAUCUCUUUAAGCUCAAGAUGCUAACGGCGUCCGCCAUGAAUGACUGCGUGGACAAGCUGCUGAAUAACAACGACGAAGAGUCUUUAGAGUGUUUGUGCAGCCUGCUCAGCACCAUCGGCAAGGACUUUGACUUAGUGGUGGCCAAGCGUCAGAUGGAUCAGUAUUUUAACCAGAUGGAAAACAUCGUCAGAGAGGGGAAGACGUGCACUCGUAUACGGGUUAUGUUGCAGGAUAUAAUAGACCUGAGAUUGCACAACUGGGUGUCCAGAAAACCCAGCCAGCUUCCAAACACCAUUGAUCACAUCCAUACAGAGGCAAAGAUUGAAGAUCAGGAGGAGCCAAGAAAAGUACAGAAGCAACUUUUCUCCAAGGAAACCAAGAGACAGCCAGAUCCAAGCGAGCAAAGAGAUCAGCGUGUACAGAGAGAGGAGCCGGGGGACACUGUGCCCAUGACAAAGAACAGCAGGACCACCGACCCACACAAGAUCCCAGUUCCCAAGUUCUCCAAGGAGGUAACGUUCCGCCUCCCAGCCGAUCCAGAGUCCCAAGGAACACAGGACCUGUUCAAGAAGGUCCGCAGAAUCCUGAACGAGCUGACGCCUGAGAAGUUCAACCAUCUGAUGAAGCAGGUGACGAACUUGACCAUCGACACGGAGGAGCGGCUCAAAGGAGUCGUGGACCAGGUGUUUGAGAAAGCCAUCAAUGAACCCAGCUUAUCGGUGGCCUACGGGAAGAUGUGCAGCUGCCUCGCCACGCUCAAAGUUCCCAUCAUUAGCCAACCAGGAUGCACAGUGAGCUUUAUCAAGCUGCUGAUAGGCCGUUGCAAGAAGAACUUUGAGAAUGACAAGUCGGAUGAUGUGGUAAUUAGGAUGAAGCAGAAGAAGCUGGACUCUGCUGCAUCGGUAAGUGAUUGUCACCGACUUCUGCUAGAGCUGCAGGAACUCAAGGACAUUAUCCGGCGGCGAUCCAUGGGCAACAUCAAGUUCGUCAGCGAACUCUUUAAGCUCAAGAUGCUUACGGCGCCAGACAUGCUUGACUGCGUGGAUAAGCUGCUGAAUAACCACGACAUAGAGUCUUUAGAGUGUCUGUGCAGCCUGCUCAGCACCAUCGGCAAGGACUUUGACUUAGAGGAGGCCAAGCCUUGGAUGGAUCAGUAUUUUAACCUGAUGGAAAAUAUCGUCAGAGAGGGGAGGACGUGCACUCGUAUACGGGUCAUGUUGCAGGAUAUAAUAGACCUGAGAUUGCACAACUGGGUGUCCGGAAAACCCAGCCAGGUUCCAAACGCCAUUGAUAUCAGCCACACAAAGGCAAAUAUUGAAGAUCAGGAGGAGCCAAGAAAAGUACAGAAGCAACUUUUCUCCAAGGAAACCAAGAGACAGCCAGAUCCAAGUGAGAAAAGAGAUCAGUGCGUACAGAGAGAGGAGCCGGGGGACACUGUGCCCAUGACAAAGAACAGCAGGACCACCGACCCACACAAGAUCCCAGUUCCCAAGUUCACCAAGCCUCAAGUGGACGAGAAGAUCCAGCUUGGCCCCCAGCCUCAAGUCGCAUUGGUGAAGGCUAGCAGUGAAGGAGCCAAGGCCAGUGACUCAGCCUUGCAGUCCAGUCCCUCACCUCAACCCUCCACCACUCCGCAACAAAACCAAGACUGCGACGCCAGGAGAACUCUGGAAAGUCGUAGCAGUACACGCAGAAAGCGCGGAAAGCGCUGCGACAAGCCGCUGAUCUAUGCGCCGUCCCAGCCUGAUCCGUUAACCAGGGAAAGCAGUUCACAGGAGCUGCUUCAGAGUCCAACCCCGGAGGAGCACUCAGUAAAGCACGAGAAGCUGGAUGAAUCUCUGGUUUUCUCGUCUCCCUUCCUGAUGGAGUUAAUGACGGCUGUGUGCGAGGCAGCAGCGAAAGGUAAGCUCUCCACCAGCCGGAUGGACACGGCACUCAUUCAGAAGAGUUUGCCUGUUUUACUGAAGUACCUCAACUCAGACACUGAGCAACAGCUGCAUGCGCUUCAACAACUUAAGGCGCUUAUCAUCACCCUCGAUCAUCCUCCAAACCUCCUCCGGAUUUUCUUUGAUUGUUUUUACGACGGGGACGUCAUCUCCAAGGACGCAUUCUACAAGUUUGGGACAAGCAAAGACCAGGCCGAGCAGCUGGGUAAAGACGUGGCCCUUAAGUCUGUCACAGCCUUUUUCACCUGGCUGCGGGAGGCGGAGCAGGAGUCGGAGGAUAUUUGA